AUGGCCAGUGUCUCGCGGGGCAUCGCCCUGCUGCCUCUGCCGCUCCGAGCCCUCCCACGCCCGUGCCCGGCCGCACCGUCCCGACUCUUCACAACCUCGCUCCUCCGACUGCGAACCGCGCAACCGGGCUCGCUGCCUCCAAAGCAAGCCAAGAAGACGCCCUACAGACCGUCGCCCCCAGCGGAAAACCGUACAGCCGGCGCGCCCUCCCGGUACGCAUUCGUCAAGAGCCUCUCGUCGAAGCAAACCCCCACGGUGCUCUACGAAGCGCCCUCCCACUUCUGGUUCUACUUUGGCUGCUGGUCCAGCGGCGUCGCCAUCCUCUCGUGGACGGCGCUCACGGGGCCGACGGUCGUCCAGCAGCCCGACGGGACGCCGCAGUGGGUGGGCUUCGUCUUUGGCGCGUCGUACGUGCUCCUCGGCGCAAUGGGCUUCUACCUGCUUUCCAAGACGCCCAACAUUGUCAGCACGAUACGCGUCUUGCCGCCGGCGCCUUCUCCCGCCGGCGCCGCAUCCCCGCGGCUCGAGGUCACGGUGAAGCGGAUGCUGCCGGUCCUCAGGCCGAGGACCGUCACGGCCGGUCUCGAGAGCGUGGCCCUCAAGUCGAGGUUCUCCCUGCCCGAGGAGUACGUCCCCGAGCUGGCGCGGCUGGAGCAGAGGAGGAGGGAGGAGCAGAGGCGCGAGGCGCUGCGCAGGUUCGACAUGGAGCAUCUGCUGACCAUGCCGUUCCGGAGACUGGGCAGGACGCUUGCAAACAUGUUUCGCGGGGUGAGGAGCGCGUGGACAGACAUGGGAUUUGGGGUUCUACGCGUCGACGGCAAGGAGUUCAAGGUCGACGUGACAAAGGGUUUUGCGCACGACGGCUUCAGGACGCUGGAGCAGAUUGUGGCCGUGGGCUAUGCUGCAAAGUAG